AUGUUUUUUUUUUUCAGGUGAUAGGCUACUGUGUGGGGCAGCAUUAAUCUUAAAAUGGCUUUAAAAGGACAGACAAAGUUGAAAUAAUUUAAAUACAAACCACUAGCUAACAGAUUUGUACUGAUUUCCAAACUAUCCACGAAGACCGUUUAAAAACCUGGUGAGCAGUGUAACUUGACAAGGCUAAAAUGCUCUUUAGGCAGUCAGCUCACUAGGUUUUAAAACACAAGUCACCGGGUUUCUUUCGAGGGGCCCCCGUUCAUCUGCUCUGUCGCUCGUCCUCCACUAGGGCUUCCGUUUGUUUUGACUGCAUGAUGUUGCCUGUGUGAGUAGUUGAUUCACACAAAUCCCGGUCUGGCGUCGCGACCAAUCGCGCUGCGCCGGUGACGCUUCGGAGGGCCGUCCGUCCGUGCGCCUGCAUUCAUAAACGGAUGUGAUAAGUGUUGAAUGUACUGUACAGAGACGAAACUUGGACCAUGGCGGAAGAAGACGACACGAAAAUCCGGAUUUUGCAGAGCCUCCGAGGAAAAAUAUGCGAAGGAAAGAAUUUGGGUCCGAGCUCAGGGCCGAACCGCCUCCGUGACCUCUGCACCUUCUGUACAAUCAGUUUGGACCAGGAGGAAGUAUAUCGCACAAAAGUCUAUGAGAAGAGUGUAAGUCCGUUCUAUGGCGAGGACUUCUACUUUGAAAUUCCACGCCCAUUCCAAUGCCUGUCCUUCUACGUGUACGCUAAGAGCAUGUUCCAAAUAAGGGGUCUAGCUGUAGGGAAAGUAGCCAUCAGGAAGGAAGAUCUAUAUAAGUACUGCGGGAAAGAGAACUGGUUCCAGUUACAGCCUGUGGAUCCACACUCAGAAGUUCAGGGGAAGGUUCACUUAGAGAUGAAGCUGAAUGAACUGAUCACAGAGAAUGGUUCCAUCUGCCAACAGCUUGUGGUUCAGAUAAUUGCAUGUCAGGGUUUGCCGUUGAUAAGUGGGCAGAACUGUGAUCCAUAUGCUACAGUAACACUCGUAGGGCCCGCCAGGUCUGACCAGAAAAAAACUAAAGUGAAGAAGAAAACCAGUGACCCUCAGUUUGAUGAGACAUUUCAUUUUGAGGUCACAAGAUCAAGCAGUUACAAAGGGAGGUCACAUUUUCACGUGGAGGAGGAGGACAUAGAGAAACUAGAGAUCAAGGUGGAGCUGUGGAAUAAUGGUAACUUGGCACAGGACGUGUUCCUCGGAGAGACACGGGUAUCUGUGAAAAUCCUGAGAAACGACAAUGUCCACAGACCGAUCUCGGCGUCAGCGGCUCAUGUUCUGGGAGAUAUUUGCCGAGAGAGUGUUGGGUAUGAAGCACUGCUUCCUGUGGUCAGACUGCUGCUCCAUCACAACAGACUGCUGCCCUUUCUCACUUCUGUUGCUGCCCUGGAGCUGGAGAAUACACAAGAGGCCAACACCAUAUUCAGAGGCAAUUCUCUGGCCACCCGCUGCAUAGAUGACAUGAUGAAGAUUGUGGGCAAAAGUUACUUGACUGUCACUCUCAAACCUGUUCUCAAUGAGAUCUUUGAAUCAAAUAAAACCUGUGAGAUUGAUCCUGUCAAACUGAAAGAGGGCGAUAAUGUGGAAGUCAACAAGUUCUUAGAUGAGAUCUCCUCUAAUGUAAGCAAGGAGUCCAGUGGAGUGGAGGACUCAUUUGUACUGAAGGAGGGAGAGGUACAUAAGCGGGCCCAGGGCAGAAAGCGAAUAGGAAAGAAGAACUUUAAGAAACGCUGGUUACGAGUGACCAAUCAAGAGCUCUCCUAUCACAAGCAGAAAGGGAAAGAAGCACUGUGUGUCAUUCCUGUGAAAAACAUCCUUGGUGUCGAGAAACUGGAAGAAAGUGCCUUUAACCGCAAAAACAUGUUUCAGGUAAUCCAUUCAGAGAAGCCUCUGUACGUGCAGGCGGGGAACUGCGUGGAGACCAACAGCUGGAUCGAGGUACUGAGUCAGGUCAGCCGCUGUAACCCGGGACGGCUCAGCACGUUUCACCCGUCCGCUUACGUGGGUGGAUCCUGGUUAUGCUGUAAGGAACUCAAUGAGAACACCCCUGGCUGCAAACCCUGCACUGCGACAGUGUUGGCUAAUAUUCAACUGGACAUCGACUGUGACAGAGAAACAGAACGAAUCUUUUCCUUCUUCUCCUCCAACCGCUCCAGACUACAGAAGAUGGAGGAUGCCUGUGCCGGUAUGUCAGUGUAUCUUGGGCAGCAGGAGGAGUGUUCAGCCUUCACCAUACAGGACCCUAAAGAGACCUUCCGUACUAUUAAAGAGCUCGGAGAAGUACUGGACGAUCUGCAGGCUCAACACGACUCAAAGGGAGCACUAACUGAUGAACCAGGCACUAUUGAAUGGGUGCCGUCAGAACGAGAGCUGUGA